UAUUUUUCUUAUCUAUGGAUAUUUUUUGAGGUUAUUAAUUUAAAUCGCGUUCUCUCUGCAAGGGUGAAUUCUUAUUAAAUUAUAAAUAACAAGUUUAUUCAUACUUUUGAAUACUGUAUAAUGACCUACAGAAGAUAUGCCGUUAGAACACCUACUAAGAGGGAAACGAGUAGUAUAAGUAAAAGAGCAGAGUUUUCCCCUGCUUUAAGCAAGAUAUUCCAAGAAAGCGAAAGACAGAGAAAAAUACAGAAGUGUAUUACAUGGGGAACAAUAAACACAUGCAUUCUUCUUCUAAUUUUAUUUGAUUUAGCAUUUACUUGCACAUUACAUGCUUCCUACAUACAAACCAUAGAAUAUUUCUUGAGUGGUAUUUUAAGUCUCAACAUUCUAUAUUAUAUCAUUUGUUGCCCAGGAGUAGUCUUUAAAUACGAAACCUUGGAUGUUCCCCCAGUGGAAUCACCAAAGAAACAAUCACCUGAGCAACUAAUUCCACCAAGUAAUACUGUAACAUCUUUCCAUGCAUCAAAAGAUAGUUCUCCAAAUUUUUCCAUUUUAAGAAGAACACCAACGUCAUCUUUCUCUAGCACACCCAUUAAUUUAUCAGCUGCAAGUUGGAGAUCAACACCAGGUUCAAUGUAUUCCCCUUUUCGACAAAAUAAAUCACAAGAAGAGAGGCUAUCAGCAGAUAAUCUUCUUCUUCCUAAUACCUCAGACAUUGAAAAUAUAAGUGAUUCUCAGUCACUUAAUCAAUAUUUAAGCACUUAUGAAGAAUAUGAUAAAUUAAGUAAUAUUAGCAAACCUGCCGAGCCCACAAAUAGUUUACUUAAUUCAUUUUGGAAUUAUCCUGGUAUGAAAUCUGGGAAUGAUGUUUCACCUUUGUUUAAGAGGACUCAAUAUCAACUCUCUUUUAUGCCAGUUUCUUCAAGUAGUCCUGGUGCUAAUUCUGAUGACAGAGGAUCACCUAAAGUAUCAUUGCAAAGCUUAGAGGUUUGGAAGCAAAUAAAUGUCGAUCCACAUAUGUUAACUAGAUGGACAGGUAAUCUUAGAUCGAUUUUAGACUGGGUGUAA